AUGUACAUUGAGUCCAGAGACAAUAAUAAUCACUCCCAUGAAUGUCCAGUUCUGGCCGUUCGGCCACUUUUGGCAAUUACUAGACUUAUUGCCCGAGUUAUCAAACAACUUGAUAAUAACGGGGUUAACAAUAAGGGCGAAGUGAUUGGCAAUCAUACAAGAGAUUGGGAUUGUUUGAUGGAUCACUACGAGAAUAUUACAAAGGAUUUCGGAGUUAUGCGUGAAUUUGAGUUAAUAUACAAUGAAUUGACACUUAUUUUUGGGGAUUCAUUGCCUGAGAUUGAGAUAAUAUUAAGAAUAUAUGGAAAACUAUUGAUUAACACGUUUGCAAUUCAAGACUCACUUAUGAGACAAAUUGGUAGAGCUAUAUAUCUCGGGCCGUCAAUUUUUGACCACUCGUGCAAACCGUCGGCGAGUUUCCUAUUUAUAGGCACAACACUGUAUAUUAAGGCCACAAAAUCUAUGACAAUCGCAGACAUCACAGAUUUUCGUAUCUCAUAUAUCGAUGAGUUUGAGACAACUGUUGAACGCCAGCGACAGCUCAGAAGUGCCUAUUAUUUUGACUGCGAUUGCGAGCGAUGUACUUUCAAUGAAAGCGUUGUUUCUAUGGCUGAAGACAAGAGUUUGCGUCACAUUUGUGAGAAGAUUGAAAAGUUAUCAAUUGAUAGCAAUUAUAUCAUUGACAGCACCAGUAGUUUAACAACAAAACGAUUGCAUACAAGUAGUGUCCAAAACGAUGAUAAUAUGAUUCAUGAAUUGGUGGCAGACUUACGGCAAGAUGUAAUGCCAUUGAAUUCUGUACUUAAAGUAAAAAUUGCAGAGUUUGUGGCCAUAAAUGAUAAAGAUAUGGAUCUAUGGCUUAAAGUGAUGGCUAUAUUUAGGUCUUAUUACGGCGAUUGUCAUCAAAGACUUGCACUAAAGCUGUUUAUAAUGGCAAAGAGUGCCAACAAAUACCCGGCACUCAAACGGCAACUGUUGACUGAAGUAAAAUCCAUCGCCAAUCAGAUAACGCCAGACAUGGGCUCACAAAUGAUGACAGAGUCGACCAGAAGUCGAGCUAUUAAUCGGUAUUCACGACACAAAACAAUCUCCGAUUCAUUAAUCAAUUCAACGCUUUUAUAUCUCAUUGAAUCGGAACUCAUUGAUUACAAGCCCUACAGAAUCGCACAGAAUUUGCCCAAUAGUUCCGGUUAUACACAGAGAUCGCGAUCUAAU